AUGCCACCACCAACGCACGACCAAACAUACAAUACAGAGGAUGUUUCUAUAGCAGUAUUUACAGCUGCUGCAAACUACCUUCGUGCCCGACUACCUUCUGAGCUCAACAGCCCGAAAGUAGCAAUCAUAUGUGGCUCAGGGCUUGGACAAUUAGCUGAUACUAUUGAAAAUAAGGUGGAAUUCGCAUAUGAAGACAUACCAGGGUUUGUUUCCAGUACAGUACCGGGCCACUUGGGAAAACUUGCUUUUGGACUCAUUGGUGAUAAAAGAAUACCAACGGUUUUCAUGGUCGGAAGAUUCCAUUUUUACGAAGGGCAUACGCUCAAGCAAAUUACAUUUCCUGUAAGAGUUUUUAAGAUGUUAGGUGUGGAAAUAUUGAUCGUUACAGGCGCGACCGGUGCAUUGAGCAGAGAAUUCAAAGUUGGCAUGAUAGGUGUAACAACUGAUCACAUUUCCCUUCCUGGUUUAGCUGGAAACAACCCUCUAUUUGGUCCAAACGUAUCUGCUUUCGGUCCUAGAUUUCCGCCAAUGUCCAACGCGUAUGAUUAUGACCUUCGUGUAAUUGCAUUUAAAGCUGCUGAUUAUCUGAGAUUUCCCACAGGAACGUUGAAAGAAGCUAUAUACACUUUCGUCGGGGGUCCUUCAUUUGAGACUAGGGCUGAGGCAAGAUACCUGAGUUUAAUAGGCGGUGAUUUAGUAGGAAUGUCCACGGUGCCUGAGGUUAUCGUGGCAAGGCAUUGUGGAAUUAAGGUAUUGGGUUUAACUUUGGUGUCUAAUAUGGUAGCUAUUGGAAAAGGUAAAUGUGCGGAUCCGGCAGAGCAGGAUUUAAAUGGUAUAGAGGAGCCAUUGGUGAAUCAUGAGGAGGUACUUCAGACUGGAAAAGAGAGAGCUUUGGAUAUGCAGAAAUUGGUUAAAACUAUUAUAGACUUAAUUCCAUCUACCUAA